CGUUUGGUACGUUUCGGUCGGUCGGUCGGUGGAUUGUGUGUUGUCUGUGUGUCGCACGCUCUGUUGUGUGUUGCUCUCUUUCUCUCAGUGUCGCACUCACAUUGGCUGAAUUCUCAUCAGUUGGAACAUCAAAAUUCAGACUCAUUGGAUUUAGUGCAAAUCGUAGCGUUGUUCUGAUACAACACACAACUCUCUCUUUCUGAGGUGCAUAUCAUUUUUGCGAAGAAUAGAUACGAACGAACGGGAAAAAAACGUUAAGCGUUAUUUUCUGGUUCGAGUGAAUUGUUAUGUUCUGGUUUGGUUGUUGCUGCUGGUGGUGCGAAUUAUAGUUGCUUUUCUACGGUUAUCCAUUUGCUGAUUUUAUUUUUGCCCGAAAAAAGUUCUUGCGUGAAAUAUUUACAUUCAACUUUCGAUCCAAUGUGUUUCACAAAUCUCGUUGGAUUUGGUGUGCAUUAAAUUGGCUGCGAUCAUUUCCGUUCAACAAGUGCGACACACAAUCGUUCGUUGUGCACCGUUCAAGCUGUUUCAAUAUUGCUUUGUAACCUCCUUCAAUUUAUUUUUAAAAUUUAUUGUCACCCUUUUAAACCAGGCUCAAUUCUCCAUUUGUCUGAAAAUUGUCUGCCACUCUGCUUACGACCGAAACAAUCUAGAAAAAAAAAUAUUUCAGUAAAUUUGGUCACAAAAUACGAAAGGAAAAAGAUAAACUAUUAAAAAGUAACGUUUCGCGCGCGCUAAUAACAAAUAAAGUUCAACGAUUUUUUGUCUCUGCUGAGUGUUUUUAUUGUUCAUUUGUGCUUUUUAAGUGUUGAGAUUGAUUCAUCACCAUAACACGUCAAACAUACACACAAUUUGCGUAGAGCGAAUUCGCGAAAUAAAAAUCAAGAAAUAACGAUUGUAGACAAGUUUUCGGAUUGAGAUAAAAACUAUUGACGCAUAUUUUCCAGCAUCAGCAACAAUCGAACAGCAUAACCGCAACCACACACACUCGCGAUACAUAUUUUACAGGCAUUCAAAUAUUUUACUCUUUUCGUCUGCGCUUUUAUUUUAGAACGUUCAUAACGAAAUUCGGAAAAGUGUCACCGUCGACGGAACAAAAAAGGGAUUUAGCGUAGUUUUUAUCGAUUCCCGUCUCUCUAUCACACACACACACACACACACUCUCUCUCUCUUCUCUCACUCGUCGAAUACAUACAUAAACAACGGCUCAACAAAAUGCCCGUGAACAGUAGAGGCUUUAUCAAGCGAAAUUUGCUGACCAUUUUAACAUGUGUCGGUGUACUUAGCGGUGUCUUAGUCGGUUUGAUCACGAAAAACUCGAGUUCAGAACCAUGGACAAAGCGUCAAAUCAUGUAUAUUCAGUAUCCAGGUGAUCUGUUUUUAAGAAUGCUUAAAUGUUUAAUAGUACCUUUAUUAGUGUCGUCAAUAACAUGCGCCAUCGGCUCACUGGAUUUGAGCAUGUCCGGGAAAAUCGCUAAAAGAGCCAUCACAUACUAUUUGACGACAACAAUAUCUGCUGUCAUAUUGGGUAUUAUUUUAGUGACAACCAUUCGUCCAGGUGUUAUUGGAGGCGAUAAUAACUUUGCUACAAACACAACUUCGAAAAGCGAUUCGAAAAAAGUCUACACAGUCGACACACUGCUCGAUUUGAUUCGAAAUGUAUUCCCACCGAAUAUUAUUGAAGCCACAAUUGCACAAUCAUCAACGGAAUUGUCUCCACCAAAUGGCAAUACAUCACUACCCUUGUAUCUGUGGAAUUUCAAGCAAGUGAAUUCGACUACCACAAAUGUUCUUGGAAUUGUGAUGUUCAGCGUGGUAUUAGGAACAGCGCUCGGAAAAUUGGGUUCGGCUGGCAAACCAUUGCUUGAUUUUUUGGUCGCCACCAGCGAAGCCAUGAUGAUUAUCACGCACUGGGUUAUUUGGUUGUCUCCGCUUGGUGUGUUCUUUUUGGUUGUUGCUAAAAUCAUUGAAAUGGACUCGUUGGCGAUAAUUGUCGGCAAGCUUGGUGCUUACUUCAUAACCGUCAUGUUGGGAUUAUUCAUCCAUGGGUUCGGCACAAUUGCGGUAAUUUUCUUCGUUUGCACCCGAAAAAUGCCAUACGGUUACAUUUCACAGAUGGGCCAGAUGUUGGCCACGGCAUUCGGAACUGGAUCAAGUUCGGCCACAAUGCCCGUUACAAUCGACACACUUGACAACAUGAACAUCGAUCCACGUGUUACUCGAUUCGUUAUUCCAGUUGGUGCAACGGUUAACAUGGAUGGUACUGCAUUGUAUGAAGCCGUUGCUGCCAUUUUCAUUGCUCAAUUGCGAAACGUUGAGCUGUCGUUUGGAAAAUUGGUGGCUGUCAGUGUAACAGCCACAGCUGCUUCGAUUGGUGCAGCUGGCAUUCCAUCAGCCGGUUUGGUUACCAUGGUCAUGGUGCUGGAUACAGUCGGCUUACCAUCAGAAGACAUUUCAUUGAUCGUUGCUGUCGAUUGGAUUUUGGAUCGAUUUAGAACAACAAUCAACGUAAUGUGCGACACUCUUGGUGCUAUUUUGGUCGAUCAUUUAUCACGGCAUGAUCUGAAAGACAAACCAUGUCCGGAAUUGGGCGAACCGCAUGAACUAAUGGAAUUGAAACCAGCAAAUAACGAGAAGGAGGCAUUGACGUUUGUCAAACAGUCUUAUGGCUCUCUCUAACAAACAAACUUCAAAAUCCCUUACACCAAACCGUCCACUGUUUGUUUGAACCCUUCACAAAAUUCGAUGUACCUUACGAUAUUGUUCGGGUUUUUUUCUUCUUUUUGUUUGUUUGAUCGACAAGUGGCAUCCAGUCAAAAGCUUUUGUUGUUGAGCGUACAUGUAUACAUUCAAUAGCGUGCGCAAUGAAGUUUAAUCGAUUUUAUGUUCCAUUCAUCCAAAUGGAUUAUGACAAGAUGUCAUCAAGCAUAAACAAGGGCCACAUUGUAAGCUUCAUUCAGUUUUGUGAUCAGUUCAAAUGGCAGUGUUGCAUGGUAUGCGUGAGGACAAGUCAGUGUUGCUGUUAGAUUGGGAGUUCAUACGGACGGUAUUUGACUUUGAUUUACAUUGCCGCUUAUGUAAAGGUCGUGCCAUGCGCCUCUCUUCUCAUUUGCUUCUAUUUACGACUUUUCUCUCAAAAUUCAUGCAUCAAAAACAUUCUCUUUAAAACAAUAACAAAGAAACACUUAUAAUGCGCACAAUUUUUGCUGUCAAUUUUUUUCCAUGUAGUGUGUAAUGAAUAGCCGAUUCGAGAAAUUUGGCAUCUUUCCUUCUUAACCCUCCCAUAAAAACAAACAACAACUAACAUUUAAACCAAAACCAAAAAUAACAAAAUAGUAUUGUUUGCAAUAAUCAUCAAAUUUUAAUUUUAAUCUAGUUUCGUACAUUCUACGACUUAUUAACACAAAAACACCAUAAACGCUAUCACUUUAUAGUUCAGUAAUAAUUAUUUCAACCACAAAGAAAAAAACAAAGAACAAAUUUGCAUUUUGAUUGUACAAAUAUUGAAAUAAAGAAAGAAAAAUGAUAAUAGUAACAAGUCUUUUCGUUAUUUUAAUUACGAAUAAUAAUAAAAAGAAAUAGUAAUCAAUUCAGUAACAAAAUAAAAUUGAGAGAUUUGCUUGAAGUAACCAACCAAAUAAACAUACACAAAUGUGUUCAACGUGUAAAUUUGACAAACUAGUUUCUGCUUUUUUUUAAAUGAUUCAAAUCGAAUAAAAACAAAAUACCAGAGACAAAUGAACAAAUAUUUGAAAUUUGAACAAAACAUAUACACAUUAAAUGAAAUCUUUCCAUUUGUCGCGCAUUUGAAAGUAGAUUUAUUGUAAUCAUUGACAAAUAAUCAAAUCAUAAUAUUAUACUCGAUUGCGCUGGAAAUUGACGGAACUCUUUUAGAAAGAAAAAAAAACACAUAAAAUUUGCGGUAGAACAAAGAAUGUACAUAAAAUUUAUUUCUUUGAAUUAAAUAUAAACCUCGAAUUUCGAUUCGAACACACGUAUGAUGAUGAACAAGGGAUUGUUGAUUGUUGUUCUUCUCAAAGACGGAAACCUAUUCCAAUGUUUACGAAUGUUUUGCAAACUUUCAACAAAGUUAGGUGAAUUUAAAUAAGAUUACCACCUAACGAUUUUCCGAACAUUGAAUUGUUCUGCAUUCGAUAAAAACUUUUCCAAGUCAUUGUUCUAAAUUGUUCUUAGAGACUUAUCCUAUACUCUCGAUGUAUGACUCAAACAUUUUGUUAAUAAAAUAAUAGUAGAGGUGCAUUUUCAUUAUUCUAUCAACAAUCUCUUAUCGUCAGUUGAUUUUUGUAGCCCAUUGACUGAGCGCCUGGUGAAUGCUAGGGUGAGCUGAUUGAACGGUUUUAUAUUGACUAACAACACCAAGCCACGUUUCUAACGUUCUCUGUUCUGAGUCAGAGGAAGUUUUUUGUUCUUUUUCCUCUUGAGGAGGCUUUCCUGGACUGCUCGUACACCGUUUUUGAUAUCGAUAAAACCAUUCAAUCGGCCUACCCUAGUGAAUAUCAAUAUAUUUAGCGAAAUUUCGAUCAACAAAGUUUUGAAAAACCAAAUAAAAAAAACAACAUUCCACUAGAUAAAUUAAAUGUGAUUUUCUUGAAAAGAAAACAAAAGCAUAGAUAUUGUCCCAAACGGUAGUUGAGAUAGAAGAAUCAAGAUGUAAAAUUUAAAAUCAAUCGUUAACUUACGAAAAUGAGUAGUUUAAACCAAAUUCGGCUCCAACUAACUUCACUUUAAGCUUUAAAUCUAACCACACACGGAAUGUGUAUUGUGGGGUGCAUACUAUGCACUACAAAGCCCGCCGCAGAAUCAAAAACGCAAGGAAUCAAAAAGAGUGAUUUGUUUGGAAGAAAUGACGAAGCCUGACUCUUAUUUCGCAUUUUGAAAAAGAUACUUUCUUGUAUCGACUGAUUUCAUGUUGAAAUUCAUUCAAAUAAAAAUAAAAACGUUUGAAAAUGUGUCGGGUUUCGGUGUUCCUUCUGAAGAUGAAUAAUCAAAAGUGCCUGCCAACCGGCAGCUUAAUUUUGAUCUAAUUUUAAGCAGUGUCGAAUAGGCAUGAAGUUUCUCUUUUGACAAUAAGUUCCCUUCAUUCUGAGCGAUUGAAACGUGUUACAGGCGCAUUCAAUUUGUUUCCAAUGAGCGAUUAUGAGUUUUUUUCAAAGUCAAACAUUUUUUCAACAAUAAUGUUUCGUUUGCAACACAUUUGCAUUCUUUCGUUCGUGGAUGUUUCAAUCAACAAGAAUCUGCCGUUUUCCUUCAUUAUGAAAUUGUUCUACAUCAGUGUGAUGUUCAAAAUGGAGCUGACUCCAUCAUUGGCAAUGAUUCUUCUGCCAACGAAAAAUAGUUGUAUUCAAUCGAUGGAAUUUUGUGGCAUAUUCAUACUGCAUGCAUUCGCGAUAAGAUGCAACCACUUUUCACGGAGUUUGCUUGAAAAUAGUUUGCAUAGUUAAAUAUUGAGUGUUGAAUGUUGACGUAUAGAAAAUAAUAAAAUAAAUUAAGUCGAGUGGAAUCGAAAUUCUCCCGAAGAUUUAAGAUUUCCUCCUGAUGUACAACUCGGUCGUUGAGGCGCAGAAAGUUUCUGUUUAUCGAGAGCCGAAAACCAAUAUACACUUUUUAUGUUUACCACAACUGCAAACAAGGCGGGAAAAGUCGAUCGGAAACAUUUUGCGUCUCAUCAACGGAGUGCUUUAUAAGAAUAUUCGUUAUGAUUUAGGUGAAAAUUGAUGAAAUAAUGAGUUGAAAUAGAACAUUUUUGUUCCGUUGAAUCGGUUUUUCCUAAAUAUAAAGGCAAACUAUAUUUGAUUUGUGUGCGCGCGCACGGUGUGUGGAAUAAAUUAUACUAUAGCUGCGGAUUCUCUCAAAUGUAAAUUCGUAACUGAUAUGUUAGUAGUUGGGUUAUUGACAAUACUAAGAAGAAACUAAAUAUAAAGAGAAAAAACAAUUUACCUUUUAUGUCUAUUGUUGAUAUGAGAAUUAUUUGGCUAAAAACAAGUAGAAAAUCGAUAUGAAAAAUAAAACUCGAAUAGGAUGGACACAAUUUAAAACCAUUGAAAUCUAUUUACGUAUAUUUAAAGAAAAAAAGUGUUGAAUGUUUUAAAAAAAAUCAAAAGGAUGGAAAUAAUAAAGACAUAAUUUUACCAUAAAAA